UUAGGUGAACCAAGCUAGAGAGAGAAACCCACAUAUAAUAUUUUUCUCAAAAGAAUCUGUAAAUCCCAAAUCUGAGUUCUUAGCAGAAAGGUUAUAGACGAGGCCCCAGUUUCAGCAGAGCCACCAUUUUUUGCUGCUCCUCUAAAUUUAGCAGAGUCAUCAUUUCCUCAGAAUGGAGCGCCAACACAGUGCCAGCCCUGCUCCUCAAGUUCAUGGAGACCAACCUCCAAAAACUACUCCAAAACCCAAGACCAGAAGAAUAAGAAGGACUGUAAAUGGUGAUCAGAAGCGCCAUUUCGGCAGCAUCCCAGGAAGAAGAAGCUCUAUAUACAGAGGAGUUACAAGGCAUAGAUGGACAGGGAGAUAUGAAGCUCACCUUUGGGAUAAAAAUUGUUGGAACCAGGUGCAAAACAAGAAAGGAAGGCAAGUUUACUUGGGGGCAUAUGAUGAUGAAGAGGCAGCUGCUCACACAUAUGAUUUGGCAGCCCUUAAAUAUUGGGGGCCCGGAACAAUCCUGAAUUUCCCUUUAAGUACGUAUGCAAAGGAGUUAGAGGAGAUGCAGCAUUUGACGAAAGAGGAGUAUUUGGCCACUUUGAGGAGGAGGAGCAGUGGAUUUUCAAGGGGUGUCUCAAAAUAUAGAGGGGUGGCAAGACACCAUCACAAUGGAAGAUGGGAAGCAAGAAUCGGCCGAGUCUUUGGCAACAAAUACCUCUACUUGGGGACUUACAGCACCCAAGAAGAAGCGGCUGCGGCCUACGACAUUGCAGCCAUCGAAUACCGAGGUUUGAACGCUGUGACCAACUUCGACCUCAGCCACUACAUCAGAUCACCAUUCCCUCAGCCAACCUACACCUUCGAGGACUCACAAACCCCGAAGUUCCCAAUGAUGGCCUCAACAAACUUCCAAAUUCCCAAUUCGGACUUGUGCGACGCUAUGGUGGGCCCCGAGUUCCCGAGCGAGCAAACGUGGGCCCCACAAGUGGAUUGCAGCUUCAAUGGCUUGCCUGACUCCACCACAUUUGAGGACAUUGACUUCCUCUUUGAUAACUCACAAGAAGAAGGGGUAUCUGAGGAGAAAGAGGCGAAGGGCAAUGUGGAUAAUACCUUACAAGCUUCGGGUAGUUCGGAAGGAGGGAGGGAGGCAAUGGGCCUUAAUCAUGGAGACAUGAGUUCCAUGAAUUCAAUCUCUUAUCCUUGUCCCAUCAGUAUUUGCUCUUGAGCUGGUGUAGUGUAGGGGUUGAGAGAGAAGGAAGGUUGGAUUGGUGUUCUUCUUUUCAUUGGUUUGUUGUCUCAUUAGGAUUCUCAAAUGAUAAAGGGGAACCUUUGUCUUUGAGGUUGGGUUUUUAUCAUUGUUUGUUGGACCUAGAGUUUAAUUUGAUAUUUCAGUUCCCUUGUGAGA